CAGCUGCCUUACAGAAGCAAAAGCAACCUGGAGAAUACCUGUGGAGUAUUCUUUCACUGCUGACUUUGGAAGAAGAACUUUCUCGCCUAUCUGAAUUGAACUACAGGAGCCAAAAUGAAAACGAUCUUCCACUCCUUCCUCUAUUGCUGCCUGCUGGCUUCAGUAGCACACUGUGUGGAACUUGAGGUGAAUCCCGAGUUGAAAAAAAGACUAAGCAUAUGGCUUGGGAGCAGAUUGAGACGGGAUCUUGAAACUGUCGCAGUACAGAAAACAGCAGAGUCUGAAAACUUUGUCAGACCAGAGGACAUCAGGGAUAUCUUGCUGCCACAUUCCAGCACUGACAUUAAGAUCCGAACCAAGAGGUCCGCAGGUUGUGCCCUGGGUACCUGCUCGGUGCACGUCCUGGCACAUCGUGUACAACAGUUCAAAGACAACAAGCUGAAGACCAGCGUCCCUAUUAACAAAAUGAGCCCUCACGGAUACGGCCGGAGGCGCAGAUCUGUUCCAGAGAGGCAAAUCUCCCUAAGGAUGGAGGAGGGCAGGUUGAGACCCGUGUGGAGUCUGAACAACUCGCAAGUUCACAAGCUUGAAGCUCUGCUCAGAAGGACAUGAGGAGGACUCUGAAAGAGGACUUGGGAGCAAAAUCAAGGGAGCUGGACUCUCCAGCUUGUGUCCCCUUCUGCUUGGCUUUGAAAUUCUCCAAAUGCCUAAGACUCAUGCCAAGUACACUCCAGCGCAUUUGUUCCAGACAGGAGGACUGAGUCAGAGUGAUUCUGGAUGCAGCCGUGGCUCUGGGAUGCCUGAGCCUCGCGGCUCAGUGGACUAGAGUUUGCAAACAGCUGGCUUAAAGAAACUGGAUGGCACAGUAUGGAGCAAACUACAGGUGCUGUUCUCUGCCUGGCAGAGGAAAAGGAUGAGUGCAAAUACAUGUGGGCACAUCCUGAAAGAGGAAACCCUCUAUUAGCGUUUUAGAACUUUACACAUUUAUUCCUCAUGGCCUAGACUUUAAAAAGUGCUAUUCCCGAAGGACUACAUCAUGUUCUAUAAGACUGCUAAUAAUGGCUUGCACUUUUCCUUUUGAACUUAAGCAGAAUGAAUCAUAAAAGAAAAUAUAUCAUUAUCAAUAUGCCUAAAGAGCUUUAAUGCUCUCCGUUUAUAUCAAGUUUUGGACACUGUACAAGGGGAAAUGCCUUAGAUUCUUUGAGCUAUGUGCCAAUCCAUACUGGAUUUAACUAUACUUGAAAAUGUUUUUGUCUGUAAAAAAAA